AUGAAUACAUUUACAAAUGAUGGUAGUUUUAUGGAGCAGUUUCUAAAGAAACAAAAGGUUUCACAUGAUCCUUCUUCCGGUACAGCUACUUCAGAUAAUAAAGAUGAACAACAGCAACAACAACAACAACAAUAUGAUUACAGUUCAUAUUAUGCUGCACAGGGUUACGAUGAAUCAACAGCUGCCUACUACCAAGAUCCAGCUGCUUAUGCCGCUUACUAUGCUCAAUAUCAACAAGCACAACAAGCUGCCGCUCAACACCAAACUGAAAAUUCAGAUUAUAAUCAAUAUUCACACGAUCAAUCAACAACAGGUUCAAAUCAAAAUCCAUAUCAACAUGGUGGCGGUGGUCAGCAUGGUGGCGGUCAACAUGGUGGUCAUGGAGGUGGACAAAUGGGAGGUCAUAAAUCAAAUUCAUCACAACCGUCGCGUGUCAUCUGGGCGGGUAAUACACAUCCCGAUGCCACCGAAGAGGAGAUACGUCAGAUGUUUGGAACUUUUGGAUAUAUCAAGUAUGUAAAGCUGGUGCCGGCGAAGCGAUACUCGUUCAUUACCUAUGCAGAGUUGAAUUCGUCGAUACAGGCACAGUACGAGUUGAACGGUGCAAUGUUGCGUGGUUUGCCACUGAAACUCGGCUUUGGCAAGGCCGAGGCAAAAGAGGCCACCGGAUUCGACAGUCAGAAUCCGCCAUGUAAGAAUCUCUGGAUUGGUAACGUAGCGAUGUCCGUCACCGAAGACAGUCUACGCGAGCUCUUUGAGACCGUUGGCAAGGUGGAGUACGUCCGUGUGCUGACCGGUCGUCAGUGCGCGUUCGUCAGCUUCCAAGACGUCGAGACCGCCAUCCUGGCAAAGAGUGCCGUUCAAGGUCGCAACUUUCAUGGGCUGAACUUGGCUAUCAAUUUCCGAAGAGAAUCCGACGGCGAUGCUGGCGGUGAGCGUGGUGGCGGCGGUGGAGAGCGUGGUGGAUUCAAGAAAUUCGAUCGUGGCGAGCGUGGAGACAGAGGAGAUCGUGGCGAACGUGGCGAGCGAUUCGGUGGUGAGCGUCCGGAGCGUCCGGAUCGAGCGGAGCGUGGCGGUGGAUUCAGAGACAGAUUCAGAGACAGAGGUGAGCAGCACCACAACAACAGCGAACACCAAAACAGAGAUCACAAUGGAAAUCCACUGCCUGCAGCGCCACCAGCCAGCGCCAGUCUCCAAACGAUUAUAGAUAAAUUCGCUACAUACGUCGCCAAGAACGGUCCACGUUUCGAAUCGUACACACAAGAAAAACAGAGAAACAAUUCACAAUUCGACUUUUUAAGAACAAACCAUCCUAAUCAUGAUUAUUAUCGUUGGAAGUUAUGGAUAAUUAAGAAUCCAGAUGCUCAUUCAUCCGAUAGAAAUACUAACCAAAUAAAUCAAUUUGUACCACCAUCACAACAAGAACAAUUACAACAACAACAAUUACAACAACAACAAUUACAACAACAACAACAACAACAACAACAGCAACAACAACCACAACCACAAUCACAACCUCAACAACAACAACAACAGCCACAACAACAACAACAACAACCACAAGAUAUGCAAUUCAAUCCACCACAACAACAAUCUUAUUUAAAUGAACAACAAGUACAAGAAUUUAAAGAUAUGCUCGAGAAAUUAAAUUUAUCAAAGGGUUCUAUUACUGUAACAUGGAUAAUGAAUCAUAUACAACAUGCAUUGGAAAUCAUUUCUAUUAUUACAACUACACACCAACAAGGAACACUAAAGUUUUCACAAAAGCUUAAUAUUCUUUAUGUCUUGAACGAUUCGCUCCACAAUUGUCUAGGAAGAAGAAGAGGAGAUAUGCUCGAUGAAUUUGCCGAUGCAAUCAAAGAUUAUUUACCAUUUAUUAUAGCCUCGACCAGUGCUGUUCAACAAAAGUUUAAGUUCUAUCUAUCUAAUCCUAAUCCUAAUCUAUUUCUAUUUUGUCAAAUGAGUCAACAACAACAACAACAACAAUGUAAAUAA